UCCAUUCAGCCCAUCGAGUCUGCACGCCAUUCCAUCAGGGCUGAUUUAUUAACCCUCUCAACCCCAUUCUCCUGCCUCCCUUACGGAGAAGGGUCUCCGCCCGAAACGCCGCCUGUUUAUUAAUUUCCAUGAAUGUUGAAUUUCUCCGGGGUUUGGGGUAUGUUGCGUUGCUUUGGAUUUCCUGCAAACGCAACAUUUCUCACGUUUGCGAUUGAGGGGAAGAUGGGGCCGGUGUGGGACGUUUCGCCCCGCAGAAAGAUGGCGGCACCAGGGCGGGGCGGAAGUGACGAGGGCGGGGCGGAUGUCGCCCCGGUCUGUAAUUAUUUGCUGCGUGUGAAGAUGGUGGCGAUGGGCCCGGCGCUGCUGCUGCUUCUGUUGCUGGGGUUGGCGUCGGAGGUGUCGGAGGCGGUGGCAGUGCCAAUGCCGGGCGGCCGCUACGACGUGCGCGUAGAUGCCCCCAACGUGGCGAAAGCGAUCAGGACGGCCGUGAAGGCCUUCAACCGCGACUCCAACGACGCGUAUCGCAGCGAGGUGUCGAAUGUGAUAUCGGCCCAAGAACAGGUGGUCGAGGGGAUGAUGUACCAUCUCACCCUGAAGCUGAGAACCACCGUCUGCAGGAAGAGAUCUGCCUCCCGGAACUGUCCCUUCCACAAGAAUCCUCGAUACGCCAAGGUGAGCGAUCUGUGCACUGGUGGUCCCGGAAGAGUGGGGUGUGGGUCCUGUCCCCGUCGGCACUGGAACAUGGUGGGGAUUCAUGAAUCUGCCGGGAUGCCGACGGGCAACUCUUUCAAUACUGGCCUCUUGUUUUCUCCCCGCAGACGGUGAUCUGUAGAUUUAAAGUCUGGAACCGCCCGUGGGUCGGGCCGAUGCGGGUGUCCGGAAGGCGUUGCUCCAGGACGGCCAAGUGACCGGACUGUGGGACCCCUGCGGCGCACA